GACAUUCUGGCUGGCUAAUUGGAAUUUGUAUAAAAAAAAUAAAACUAUGCGAAGCUGACUUUUUGACCCUUUAUGGUCACGUUUGGUUAUUUUAGCAUUAAAAAUUCUAUUGUUUAAGAAAAGACUCGCCUGAAUAAUUUAAUUAGCCGGGAAUCACGGAUGUUAUAUUUUCUAUCGUCUGGAGGUCGUUAGUCUUUAUAUCACAACAUGGCUAAACGUAAAGGACCAGGGCUGAAAAUUAUUGUUAGUCCUGAACCCGCACCUGUGGUUCCACCUGGUAACUUGGACUCACGAACAACCAUCACAAUAGGAGAUAAGACCUUUGAUGUAGAAGCAGACGACUUGGAAAAAAUCGCUGAGUUGGGACGGGGAGCAUAUGGAGUGGUAGAUAAAAUGAAGCAUAUUCCCAGUGGCACCAUUAUGGCAGUUAAACGAAUCACAGCAACAGUUAACACACAAGAACAAAAACGUCUUCUCAUGGACCUAGACAUAUCCAUGAGAAGUAGUGACUGCCCUUAUACCGUCCAAUUUUAUGGUGCCCUUUUUAGGGAAGGCGAUGUGUGGAUUUGCAUGGAAGUUAUGGACACCAGCUUAGAUAAAUUUUAUAUGAAAGUCUAUAAAAAUGGUCGAAAGAUACCUGAACAUGUGCUGGGUAAAGUGACAUUAGCAGUAGUAAGUGCCCUCCACUACCUCUAUUCAGAACUAAAAGUUAUACAUAGAGAUGUAAAACCCUCCAACAUACUUAUAAAUAGAGCAGGUGAAGUUAAAAUUUGUGAUUUUGGCAUUAGCGGUUACCUAGUGGAUUCAGUGGCCAAAACUAUAGAUGCCGGUUGUAAACCUUAUAUGGCGCCAGAGAGAAUAGAUCCACAAGGAAACCCCUCACAAUACGACAUCAGAUCUGAUGUGUGGUCAUUGGGAAUCUCCUUGAUUGAAUUAGCCACUGGAGAAUUCCCUUAUCCAAAAUGGGGUACACCAUUCGAGCAGCUGAAAGAAGUUGUAGCAGGAGAUCCUCCCAGGCUGCCUUCAAAUGAACAGUUCUCUCAGGAGUUUCAGGAUUUUAUUUCCAAGUGUUUGCAAAAGAAAUAUACCGAUAGAUGGAACUACAAACAACUACUUGAGCACGAGUUCCUGACGAAACACACCGUCCUCGAUACCGAUAUUUCCAGUUUUAUCGGAGAGAUUUUAGACUUGCCGGACACGAAUCCCUGAGAUUCGUGCACAAUUUCUUAGUUUUCCUUUUUACGCAAAUUGAAGGAGUUUUAUGCACGUGAAAUUUAGAAUAUCAAGUAUAGUCUCAACAUAAAAUUCAAACAUUUCUUCAAAAAUCAUCGUUUAGAAACAAAAAUCCUAGUCAAAAAGAGAAAUUCGUCUCCUAGUCUAACAUAUACGCGUAAAAAUGUUACUCACAAUGAAUUGAUAAAAGUAGAUAUUCAAUUUAAUGCUCAAUAGAUGGAGUUUAAAAAGACCGUUACUUCCUCAGCGCUUUACGUAUACAGGGUGUCUGUUUAUGUUAACAUGUUUUUUUUGUGGGGAAGCAGUCCCAAUCACAGUUCGCGAUAAGUUGCUAAAUAUAAACCUCAAACUACGCUAACAUAUUUAAUGAUUAACCAAAAGAAACAUUAAACCCCGUGCAAAUACCCUGUAUACUUUAUAGGUUUCAAUAAAAUGAAACAAUAAACAAGAGAAAAUGUAUUAUUUUCCUACUAUAUGAUUGCUGUUUUUUGGCAGAAACAUAUAGUUGUAAGAAAUUUGGAUUGUUUUUGUUUUAAAGUGUUUUAAUAUUUUUCGCUUGGACUUCCUCUACAGUUUCAGGGCGUUCGUUCAAGUCGCACAUUUUAAUAGGUAGGGCCUAAAAAUCAGGUUACUCUAUAUUGUAAAUAUAUUUAUAUAAAGAUUUUAAUAUUCAUUGCAACAUCACAGUUCUACUUUAUUUUUAUUUAAAUUAUCCAUACGUUUAUACUUAUUUCUUUCUAGUGUGGAGUUGUAAUUGAUUUAUUUCUUUAUUCGUAACAAAGUAUUGAUGUAACAGUAUGUUUAGUUUUCAAAAAAUAAUUUUUUUUUGUUUUAUGCCAUUUGAUACUUAAACAUUAUAUAAGCUUUUCCUAGAAGAGUUCUUUAGUUUCCUAGAUUAAUCGUUGUUAAUUGUGUGAUAGAAAAAUAAAACAUCAGUAAAUA